AGGACAUGCGUCUUGCUGCCUGACGAGAACCGGGAGGUCCUGCAGACCCUGCUCUACUUCCUCAGUGACAUCGCUUCUGCUGAGGAGAACCAGAUGACAGCUGGGAACCUGGCCGUGUGCCUGGCCCCCUCCAUCCUGCACCUCAACGUCUCCAAGAAGGAGGGCACCUCCCCUAGAUUAAUCCACCGAAAGGGGGCAGGUGGAAAACCAGACCACAAGGACCUGAGUGAGAACAUGGCUGCCAGUCAAGGGCUCAGCCACAUGAUUGUGGAAUGUAAGAAAUUAUUCCAGUUCCCUCAUGAGAUGAUGUUGCAGUCGCGGAACUCCUACGUUGCAGCAGACGCCCAGCCACUCCCUCUCUACGGCCUGGGCCUGAACAUGAAGGGCAAUCCUGUGGAUUACAGAGCCUACCUGGAGGAUAACAUCCAAGCUGUACUGAGGGAGGCCAUAGCAAAGAGCAAAGGAUGGCACAGUGCCCCAAGCCCAGAGAACACAGAGCUGACCUACAAGAAGGUAUGGCUCAGUCCCAUCCGUCUUUGGAAAGUGACCACAGAGAUCGAGGCCCCACCCCAGACUUUGUUGCACAGAGUUCUGCGUGAGCGCCACCUGUGGGAUGACGACCUACUACACAGCCGUGUAAUCGAGGCUCUAGAGGACAACACAGAGGUGUAUCACUUUGUGACAGACACCAUGGCACCUCAUCCCCGCAGGGACUUCGUAGUAAUGAGGCGGUGGUGUAGAGACCUUCCUCGGGGCCUAUGUCUGCUAGUGUCCUCCUCUGUGGACCAUGACAACGUUCACCUGGAAGCGGGGCUACAGGCAGUGCUGCUAACCUCACGGUUCCUGAUUGAGCCCUCUGGGAUGGGCCGGUCCAGGCUGACGCACUACUGCAGAGCGGACCUCCGGGGACGAUCACCUGAGUGGUACUGCAAAGUGUUUGGCCAUCUUUGUGCAGUGGAAGUUGCUAGGAUACGGGGCUCCUUCCCUGUGCUCACAGCGAGAGGAACAGAGACAAAGAUUUGAGCUCUGAGAUGGCCAGACAGCCCACCUCAGACACGUGCUGCCUACGGCUCACAAUUACUCAAAUUUAGAGUGCCAAUCUGUAGCAUUAUGCUACAUCUACCUGACAAACUCUCUACAGUGUCAUCAACAUAGGACUGUCGGGAUGUGGACCCUCAUAUUGUACUGAUGUCCCAUUAGGAGCGACUGUGGAAUUGGUAGCAAUAUUCUAAACAAGUCUAGGCAUUAACUCACGAUAACAUAUUCAAAAGUACUCUGAAGUAAAUAAAAUAGUUUAUAUAUACAAAAUCCAUUCUUGUGAAAGACUAGGUUAGAUUAGGACAAUUGUGUUGAUAGCUUUACUUAUGAUACUUACAUAUCAGUUCCCAUUUUAAUGCUGCUGUGAAAGGAGCAAGACUAAAGGCGAGGAUGCUAAAAUGCCAUGGAAUAAUUCAGGAGAGCUCUUUAGCAACCAUUCCUGUUUGUUCUGUAUACUAUGCAAUUUCUUCAUGAUACAUUCACAGAGCUAAUAUAUUUUACUACUGUGAUUCGCUGCAUCUCAAACAUAAGAAUGGCACCUUACCUUGCUACUUGAAUAGCUAACCCUAGUAUUGACGAUACUUAGAUGUAAGAGAGAAAAGGGUUGCUUACUGAGACACCUUAGUGAGUGGUAGUGAGCUUUCUUAUAUCUCCUAGAUAUCGGACAGACACUUCAAAAAUGUAUUCCUUAUGAUAUAUUUUUUGGACUCUCUGUUUUGCCAUUUAUUUGUGUGUUACUCAAUGUAUUUCAAUGGACUAUAGUAGUAAAGGCCAAAUUCAAUAUUUUAUCAAAUAAGGUUUUUAUAUAUAUUUUUAUACCUACAGGGGUCCUAAAAUUCAAAAUCAAAUAGCUAAAUGAUCCAAUGUAUUACCAUCUUAAAACAAUUCCAUAUGUUAGCUUAGUAGACCCCCCCUCCCAGGCCUUGCUUUGGCUAUACAUUCUCAUCAACUGCUUGUAUUACUCAAGUGUUUAUCAUCACACACUGUAUGUUAAACAUCUCAAGAGGGGGCUCUACUCUGGACUUCAUGGUAUGAUGUGUCUUCCUUUUACUCCUAUCUUUAUAAGUCUAACUGGUUAACCUCCUCUCACUUUAAUUUAGCUGCUGAGCUCUAGGGAUCAGUCUUCUUCCCCAGAUCUUCAGAAGUUUAAAAAUAGGAACAGAGACAUUUUUUAAAUGGGCAAAUAUCUGUUCACCAAGGCCCAAACUAUAAGAUAUAAGCGCGGAGCUCAAACGAUAGAAUAAAUCAAACUUUGAUGUCAUUUAAAUAUGGGUAAUUUGCUAUCACAAUGAGGAGGGGAAAGGAUUGUAGCAUGCUCCACAGUGGACAGACAGCCCGAGCUUUAGGAAACGUUAGUGUAGCUUGCUGAUUUACUGUAAGUGUGGCAGGUAGCCUAGUGGUUAGAGCGUUGGGCCAAUAACCGGAAGGUUUCUGGAUCGAAUCCCCGAGCUGACAAGGUUAACAUCUGUUGUUCUGCCCCUGAGCAAGGCAGUUAACCCACUGUUCCCUGGGUGCUGUGGAUGGUGACUAAGGCAGCUCCCUGCACCACUCUGAUUCAGAGGGCUUAAAUGUGGAAGGCAUUCAGUUGUACAACUGACUCGGUAUCUUCCCUAUCUAUUGUGUCUCAGUAAUCAGUGUUUUAUUUAUGUCUGUAUGAUUGAGUCCUUAUUUGAGUCGUAUGAAUGUGACUACCAGUAUGUAAGUACUGGUAGUGUAAGACUAUAAGUGUCUGUACAGGAUGUAACCAUGGUCCAUGGUCAUAUUUUUCUGUUGGACAUUAUGUACAGGGAUGAUGUUUUGUUUGAUCUAAUCCUAAUCCGAGUUAUGCCAUGACUGAAUGCCUUUAACCGUUUUCAGUGUUUUCUUAUGCCAUACGCUUUACAUACAGUACAUACACUAGUAACCAGUGCUCCUAACUGGAAUUACGCCCAUUGAAUAAUUUAAACAAUUGUGUGGAAACAAUAACCAUAAACACAGUGAAUUAUUUUUUUGUAACACAUACCAGGCUGUUGCACUUAUCAUUGAAGCAGUAGUAAAUAACUUAACAUCUUAGCCCACAACGUCUUUAUCUAAUUUGUCUCAUCAAUUACUCUUUAUUCUCCAUUUACUACCUAUUUGUAUUAUACGGCUCUGACUGUAAACAAAUUACAAAAGCAAUAGAUUUGUUGAAAUGUGUAUUCUCUCCCUAAAUCUCCCAGCCCCUUUUUCACCACCAUAAUUUGUAUUCUUGAUUAUUUUCUUGUCACAGUAGAGCUUGAAGCAAGCCGUUAUCACUGCAUCAGAAUGUGAAAUUUACCAAAUGUCACACAUUAAAACCUAAAACAUAUCACUAA